AUGGAGCUCCCAAAUCUCCAUCCCUCUUACUGGAACUCUUUCUUGCCUUCUCCUCGUCUAUUUCCUUAUCAUUUCGUCCCUCAAAACCACGUCCACUGGACCGAAACUCCCGAAUCUCAAAUCUACUCUGCCAAUCUCCCAGGUGUUAAGAAAGAGGAAAUCCGAGUGGAAGUUGAGGAUUCAAGAUACCUAAUAAUAAGAACAGAGCCUGCAUCGACAGAGCCUAUUCGGAGCUUCAGUAGGAAAUUCAGGCUUCCUGGUGGGGUUGAUGUUAAUGGGAUCUCUGCCGGGUAUGAAAAUGGAGUGUUGACAGUAACAGUGCCUAGAUCUUAUGUGAGGAGGGGAUUCUUUAUUGACCCGGAUGAUAUGCCUCAAGGGAUCCAUAUUCUUGCCAGGGCGGCUUGA